AUGCCGCGGUUGACGGCGCUCGCCUGUUCCUCAAAUUAAUUGUUAUUAUCGCUCCUACAUUUUUUUCCAGCCAAGAACCUCGAAAGUAGCAUACAUGGAGCUUAGGCCCCCCUUUUUUGAAAUGCUAAAGCGACCCUGUGCGGUUUGUAUGUUUGACCCCGGUGUGGGUUAAGGUGGUAUGUAUGUAUAUUGAAACUAUUUUUUAUGAGUUUUGCUUCUAUCUUGUCUUUCCUCUAAGGAACUAAAAGUAGCACAUGCGGUUUCUUCCACUCCAAUUUUAUCCUCACAGCGACCCUGUAAAGUAGACUACGCUGAGAGAUUGCAACCUGCCCAGGGCAAAGCUUGUCAGUCUGAGUCUAUACCUCAGAUAAUCUGGGCAGGAACAAUAAUAUCCAACAAAUAAAGCUAAACUUCAUAAGCAGUUAUACUUGAGUGAGGAACAUUGCACUAAAACUGUUUGAAAUAUACUGUUCUGGCUCAGUUUGUAGAUCCAUCAGGCACACAAAAAAUCUAGCCAUUACAUGCCUAUCCUGUACCCAUUUACUUAGAGGUUUUGAUGAUUAAGCAGUACAGUGGCACCUCGGUUUUCAAAAGUAUCCAUUCAAGUUCUGAAACCAAGGUGCAAAGGGUGCAAAUUUAAUUGAGAAACACUCAGUGGAAGCCAUUCGACUUCUGAGGCACAUUUGAAAAUGGAAGCAUUUACUUCUGGGUUUUCGGCCUUCAAGUUCCGAAACGUUUGUCAGCAGAGAUGUUUGAAAACCAAGGCACCUCUGUAUAUUAAUCCUGGUAAAAUAAAUUUACUUUGCAAUUGGCUCCAUUGGUGCUAGUGCAACAUCCAGUCUUCAGAAAGAACUAUGCAAAUUUAAAAAGUUUCUAAAUAAAUAAAAACAAACAAAACAAACUUUUGAGUUACAACAUUGUGUGUCUGGGAGCUUUGUUUUGUUUUUGCUAGUUUAUUAUGUAUUUUGUGUUUUCAUGUUGUAAACUGCCUUGUGAUCUUCGGGUGAAGGGUGGUAUAUACAUUUAAACAACAACACCACCUUGUUUUUCAUUGUAUCUGUGUGUCUUAAUAACAUGGGCCGCAGAUGCCCAUGAUUACCUACCCACACCACUCAUUAGCAAUUGAUAAAUGGCAUAUAUAUAUAUAUAUAUAUAUAUAUAACAUGCAAGGUGAAAAUCACAAGAAUGGAACAAAUGAGUUUGGGGAAAAUGCAGUAGCUGAGUGAGGAUGGACAAAUUUAAAACAAGAUGGAGAUUAUUAUAACUUGGUAACUAACAAGACUUAAAUAUUAUAGAUGGGAUCAUACUUUACUGAAAACCAUAGCUGCAGCUUGUAACUGUUCCUAGUCUUUUGUACUCUCUCCUAAAGAAUUGGGAUUUGGCCAGAAUUAGCCAUGAUCUGGUAAUCUCUAGAUUAAUUACCACAACAAAUUUCACUCUUACUGGAGUUGCCACUGCUUAGAAGUUUUACUUUGGACAAUUUGCAGCUGCUGAGUUUAUUUUUAUUAUUUGCUGUCAUCUGUAGCCUCAUCGCAAGAGUUUUCUAUUUGUUGUUGACUAAUACAAUAUUACACAAGUACACUUGUACUGGCUACAAUUAAACUUCUGGGCACACAAAUCAAAGUUCUGAUUUUUUUUUAGACCCCUGUAAAGUCAGAAAUUGUCAGGACUUGGCAUACUUGAGAAACAACUUUUGUGUUUGUGAACUUUGUCCCCUGUUGUGAUCUGGUCAUAUGGCCCUUUGGUGUCCUUUCUAUGGACUUUAAGGGAGGCAACUAAACUAUCCAUUACCAUGAAAUGCCUAAUUAUGCUUUUUUAUGGUGCUUAAUUAUGUAGUACCUGAAUGCAGCUGGACUUCCAUUCUUGUGGUGGUCUUCUUGUCGCUUGUGUCAUUUGCACUGAUUUGUAAACUUUACUGUGUUUUAUUUAUUGGUGUAUUUACUGUUUUAUCUCACUUCUUAUAUUUUAACUGUUGGCAACCACCUUGAGGGCUGUUAUGAUAUGGUGGUACUGUAUGUAGGUUAACAAAAAUCCAUAAAAGGAUACACUUCCUUGAGGAAAGAUGUCUAGAGCUUGUGCAACAAAUAAGUGACAACUUGGCAUUUAUACUACAGUGUUGAUGGGAAAAUAUGCUUGUCUCUGACCGCCCUUUAUCUCAGUCACCAGAGCACCUUUCAUAUUUCUUCAGCAUAUAUCCUAGAAGCUGUUUGGUGACCUUGAUGUCUGAGAUUAAUGUACUUUCCAUCUUUUCUAAAGUAAUUUUUUACAUAAUUGCCUGUUGGUUUUUCCUUUCACAGAGCUGUAAAAACUUGAAAAGCACUCCUAUUCAUGGGCACUCAGGGGCACCUUCUAAGCUCAUUAGAGCUUUAGACAUACUUGCCUAAAUAGACUUGGAUUAGGACCUCAGUGGUUAUAUUGUAGACAGCAUGAUGCCAGCCAGAUGGUGGGGUGCAGGGAAUCUAAGUUGGCUGAGAAAAGAAGCAGCUAAAUCAGGAAUAGCCAAUGUGGUGCCUGUUGUGGACCAUAGCUCCCAUCUGACUGAGCCAGCAUGACCAAUGGUCAGUGAUAAUAGAAUCCUAGAAUUGAAGGGAUCCUGAGGGUCAUCUUGACCAACCCCCUGCAAUGCAGGAAUCUCAACUAAUGCAUCCAUGACAGAUGGCCAUCCAACCUCUGCUUAAAAACCUCCAAGGAAGGAGAGUCUACCACCUCCUGAGGGAGUCCAUUCCACUGUCAAACAGCUCUUAAUGUCAGAAAGUUCUUCCUGAAGUUUAGCUGCAAUUUCCUUUUUUGUAACUUGAAGCCAUUGGUUUGUGUCCUACCCUCCAAAGCAAGAGAAAACAAGCUUGCUCCAUAUUCCAUGUGACAGUCCUUUAGAUAUUUGAAGAUAGCCAUCAUAUUUCCUCCCUGACUCCUCUUUACCAUGCUAAACAUACCCAACUCCUUCAACCAUUUAUCAUAAGGCUUGGUUUCCAGAUCCUUGAUCAUCUUGGUUUCCCUCCUCUGCACAUGUUCCACCUUGUCAAUACCUUCUUCAAUUGUGGUGCCCAGAAGUAAACACAGUAUUGCAGGUGGGGUCUGACCAAGGCAGAAUAGAGUGGUACUAUUACUUCCGUUCAUCUGGACACUGCACUUCUGAUGCAGCCUAAAAUAGCAUAUGAGAAUAGUGUGGUGAUGAGAGUUGUAGUAUAAAACUUAGAAAUGGAGGGGAUCACAUGAGCUAACCCUGUGCUAGAGCUUAUGCUACAUAUGUAUUAAAUUACUGGUUUAUUAACUAGAAUCUCCAGUUAUAAUACCUGCAUCUGAGAUAGCAAGAUAGUUAAAGACCUUUGCCUGAGAGCUUGGAGAAGUAGUGGUCAAAGGAAAUACUUUAAGCAUCAUGAGUCUCAUGUGCAGCAGAUGUAUUAAUAAGGUGAUAUAAUAAAGAGGUGGUUUAAUAGACAGUACUAGAUGAGAUUAAAGGUGAGUGGAAUGCUUUCCCAUGUUAAAAAAUCAUUUUAAGUAGAAAACUAUCAUAUUGGGGACAACAUUCUGGCUCAGCCUGUCACUUAUUUUGCUGCUUUGGUAACUAGUACUUUGUGAGAUAGGUGACUUACUAUACAGUAUCUCCAUUAAAAUACAAUAAUGCUUUAUGCAAUGCAAUGCCAUUUUCAGUUAUCAUUAUAUCAAUGAUAAUAGUGUGUGUGUGUAGGAAGGGAGUCUUAUCUUUUUAGAACUUUUCCCAUUUUGGCUCUUAUUCCCACCUUUAAAUAAUUUAUUUAAAAUGGUUUUGCAUGUGUACAUGGAAAGCUAAAAUAAGGACUUCUGCUUUUAAUUGCAUUGCUCACGGAUAUUUUUAUAAAUAAACAAUCUCCACUAGAAAUGAUUUUCUCCAUCCACAACAUUAUUUUGGGGACAGCUAUUUAUCAAUAUGUAAAGGGAAGACCCAUGAAGUGGUAAGUGAAUUUUGACCCUUGCUUUUACCACAAAGGAUCCAACAGAUAUUAUGGCAGCUGGAAGCAUGUACUGCUAGCGCAGUACAUGCAGUAGUAUCUAUAAGGCUGGACUGUUGUGGUUGCAUGUAGUCACAGUCUCUAAGAUUUCCAUGCAGGCCUACUACCUUGGGCCAUUCCUUGGCUUUCCCCCCAAACAAUUUAGUGUAUUUUAUCUUGAUUAUAUGGAAUAUUGUGAGCUAAAUGCAGUUAUUCACUCUGGGGAAUUGUUAGCCUAUUUUUACAAGAAUGUCACCAUAACACUAGCAGGAAGGAGAGUCGGCUAAUUGCAGUCGAGUAUACUGCAUCCAUACUGUAUGCAGAUCAGACCCCAGAGGCAUCUUAAGUUAUUGGGGCAUUAUUUGUUUCUGAUACAUGUGGACUAGUAGCCACAUUGGAACAUGCAUCAAAAAGCAAUUUGACUUUCGUCCCAUCAUUUGUAUUUCUCAUUUGGGGAAGCUCCUCAGUGGGACUGUUCAAAAACUAGACUGCUUUCUCUACAAUUGUUCAAGACAGAUGUGUGACUCUACACCACACAAUCUAGCACACUCUGGAUUUGUCUUCCUGUCCCAAGCUCUUGAGCGGGGCUGGGGACAGUUUCUUUCUGCAGUGUGAUUUGUUGGCAAGCUGCCAACCCUUGAUCUGUCUCCUCCUCUUAACUGCAGUCACUUCAGAAAGGCUUCCUCUUCUCCAGCCAUAAAGUGACCAGCUUGCAGCAUGAGACAGAGGUAUGUCCCUCGUGUCUGGCAGGAAGUACAUGA